AUAAAGUUUUCCUUAGAUUCAUGUGGAGUACAUAGUGAUUGUGAUUCAUGUUUAUCAAGUUCAGAUCCUCUGAGAUGUGGCUGGUGUAGGGGAAAGUGUACAACAUACAAUGAAUGUGUUAAUGAUUUUAAUCGUAAUCAAUGUCCACCUUCUCUUCAUUCUAUUAAUCCUCUAAAUGGUCCAACUCAAGGUGGAACUUUAUUGACUUUGACUGGUCAAAAUUUUGGAAGCGCAAUAUUAAAAGAUAAAGCCAGUCUGACUGUUGAAAUUUCUAAAAUAAAAUGUGACAUUGAAAAUUGGAAUUCAACAUGGUUAAUAUGUCGAACUGGUCCUGCUCCUGUACAACAGAGACCAGUACAGAUAACAGUUACAGGUAGUACCAUGUUUGGUAGAAGCUACCAUGUAGAAGGCACUGAUUACUCUGAACAAUAUUUCUCUUAUCAGGAACCAAAAAUAGAGUCUUUUCAACCAAAACGAGGGCCUGUAGCAGGAGGGACUAACAUAAGGAUCAAGGGAGAUAAUUUGAAUAUAGGAGGAUUGCCAAAUGUGUCUGUUGCUGAUAAUUUUAUUUGUAUCAUUUUCAAUUUAACUAGUACACAGAUUGACUGUACAACUGUUCCUUGGCCAGAAACAUCUGGUUCCAUAUCAUCAAGAAGAAAAAGAUUUAUAAAUAGAGCUAAAGGAUAUGGUCCACUAUUGGUAAAAAUUGAUAAUGCUACCUUAAGUAUUGAUGAAAAUGGAGGAACUGACUUUUUCUACUUAGAAAACCCGACAAUUGAUCAUAUUUUACCACGUCAAUCUUUUGUUAGUGGUGGUAUACCAAUAACUGUGAGAGGAUCUAACUUGGAUUCAGUAGCUAGACCGUAUAUAGGAGGUUCGUUAGAUGGGAAAGACUUAACACAACAAGAGCUUUGUAAUGUUACGGAAGGAGGAGAAGCUAUGAUUUGUCCAGCUCUUGAUUUUAGUUCUGUCAUCACCAAUGCAGAGAAAACAGAUCCAGUGGAAGUCAAUUUGUGGUUUAUUAUGGAUGGUGUGGAAAAUUUACGCAACUUUCAUCAAACACAGGGAAAAUUAAGCAGUCUUACAUAUUAUCCAGAUCCAGUGUUUGAUAAAUUUCGUGGAGACUGGAAUGUUUUAGAGUUUGAUAUUUUACAAUCAAAUCUUCUCAUUGAAGGUGAUAAUAUAGGAUUAGGUUUUACACAGACAGAUAUAAAAGUUAUUGUAGGAGAUGAUAUGUGUAAAGUAAAAGAUUUAGAAGAAACUAAUAUUAAAUGUAUUCCGAGUAAUAAACCAACAUCUAUAAGUGAAAAUGAACCCAAGAGAAAAGUAGAGGUUCAUGUUGGUAAUCUUCAUUAUGAAAUAGGAUUUGUCAUAUAUACAGCAGGAGCAUCAGCUUCAACAUAUAAACUUGUUAUACUGGGUGUAAUAAUAGCUUUAAUCUGUAUAGCCGUUUUCAUUAUAUUAUGUAUAAUGAAGAAAAAACGUAUUGGUUUCUUUAAACCCCCACGUGAUGAUCGUAGUAUCAGAUAUACACAAGGUGAUCAUAUUGGUAUUGAUAGUUUAACACAACCUGGUGAACAUACUUUUAACCUAGAAAACAGACAAAUCAAUUAUACAGAAAGAGAUGCUAUUGCUGCAGCUGCACCUUCAACCCUUAUAGAUGAUGAUCUGUUAGCUUUAAUAACAAAUGAAAAUCUGCUUAUAGACAGUGAACAUUUAACUAAAACUGAAAUAUUGGGCAAAGGUAAUUUUGGCUGUGUAUAUAAAGGGUUUCUUACAUUGUCUGAACAAAAAGGAGAUAUAUUGGUUGCUGUUAAAACUUUACAUCAGAGUAAUCCUCGUGAAAUAGAGCUAAAUGCUUUUCUCCAAGAGGCUCUAUUAAUGAAAGAUUUUCAUCAUGAGAAUGUUCUAGAAUUAAUUGGGAUAUGUCUUGGAUUAGAUGCCAUGCCUCUUGUUAUUCUACCGCUUAUGGAACACGGUGAUUUACUCAGCUACAUCAGAGAUGAAACUAAUAACCCCACAAUUAAAGAUCUAAUACUGUUCGGUAUAGAUAUAGCUAAGGGAAUGGAAUAUUUAGCUGGCCUUAAGUUUGUUCAUAGAGAUUUAGCUGCCAGAAACUGCAUGUUGGAUCAAGAUUUCCGAGCAAAGGUGGCUGAUUUUGGUUUAGCAAGAGAUAUCUAUGAAAAAGAUUAUUACAGUUCAGACAAUAAAAAAAUGAAAUUACCAGUAAAAUGGAUGGCAAUGGAAAGUUUGGAAAAAGGAACGUACAGUGCUAAAUCAGAUGUGUGGUCGUUUGGUGUAGUUUUAUGGGAGUUGAUGACAAGGGGAGUUAAUCCGUAUCCCGAGGUAGAUAACUGGGAUGUUAUACGUUAUUUAAAGGCUGGAAGAAGAAUGGCUCAACCCCAAUACUGUCCUGAUCCUUUGUAA